AUGACACAACAAUUAUUGCUAGUGAAUUCAGUGCGAAAAUACUUAGCUUCACAUCAUAUGUUUGCCGUUGAAGAGUGGCUAUCUGGAUUUGUUGAAUAUUUGAUGGAAAAUGAUGGGAGUUGCAGAGAGAAUGACGUACAAAACCUAGCAAAGGAGCAAUGGCUAUUAAAUGAUUUAAAAGAAAUUUGUCCUGGCUCCCUUCCAUCAAAUUUAAAAAGUCAACAAAAAGUAACUCUUAAUGGAAGAUUUGUGCUCCAGAUAAAUGCGUGUGUUGAUAUAGGUACACCUGCUUACCAACAAUACUUGAAGUUGCAAAAAGUUAACACUGAAAAUAUUGAGGCAACAACUAACUUUGAAGAAAAAAUUUCAAGUCACAGAAUGAUAAAGUUGUAUCUCACAGAUGGCGUGCAGGAAGUGUCGGCUAUUGAAUAUAGACCAAUGAGGAAUUUGAGUUGCGACAUCACGCCCGGCUGUAAAAUGUUAGUCAAAGGUCCAAUCGAAUGUCGCCGCGGGAUGUUUCUACUGACGGAAAGUAAUAUAGAACUUCUGGGCGGCGAGGUGCAAGAAUUAGUCGACACCAAUUCUUUGGCUUGCUUGUUGUCCACAAAACUAAGCCUACCUGUAGCUGUAUGCCAAAAUAACACAAUAAAUACUUACCGAGACACAAAUGCAACACAUGCUCAUCACACGACUGCAUCAAUCUACGAUAGAAACUGUCCAACAACGGAACCAGUUUUCGAAGAAAUAUCCAAAUCAGAAGCAAGAGUAAACAAUCAAGUAUUGGACACAUUUAUUGAAGAUGAUAUUGACGUGGAUCAGCUCGCUGCUAUAGAAGCACAGUUCACUGAGAAUCCAGGCAAGAGACCUCUCAUUGAUAACAAUUCAAAGCCAGAGAAAAAAGCUAAAAUAAACCCGAAUACAGUUGUAAAUAACAUUGAUGAAUAUCCAGAAGAUGAGGACUUGAUCAUUGAAGAUGAAGAUUAUAUUAAAGAGAUGGAAGCUAGGUUUGAUGCGCAGGACAGUGGAGUCAGUGACUGUAUUAAUAAAGCUCCAAUCCCAUUGCCGCAAGAACCAUUUGUAUAUAUAAAACAAAUUAAUGAACUCAGUGUAAAUGAAAAGUCUGGUAAAGUUUUCAGAGUUAAAGGACAAAUAAUGAAGCUUUUGUCCAAGUUGACAGUAGGAAAAGAUGGUUGGAGCUUAAAAUGUGCUAUUGUUGAUGGCACUGGCAGUAUGGAUGUUGACUUUACGAGUGAUGUGCUCUCUAAACUAGUUGGGUUCACUCCCUUGGAAAUGAACCAAAUAAAGAAGCAAAUGGCGACGAAACCCGAGUUAAAGGAAAAGACGGUUUCGGCUCUACAAAAAGCAAAGGAGCGUCUUCAGAUUUUGUACUGCAUAAUUGAAUUGACUAUGGCAGAUGGUCCAAAGAUAACACAGCUUAUACCCUUCGAUGGAACACACGUUGAUCUGCUAAAGAAAAGACAGCUGUCUAGAGAAUUUUGA